AUGGCGACUCGCGUUGACGAACAAUUUGAUCUUGUCGUGAUCGGCGCAGGGCUCUACGGGCUCGCCUCUGCGAAGACACACCUGGCCCUGCACCCAGAGCAGUCGCGCCUCGUCAUCGAGUCCGAGGCAACAUGUGGAGGGACGUGGUCGCGCGACCGGUUGUACCCGGGCCUCAAGACCAACAACGUCUGGAGCUCGUAUGAAUACCCAGACUUCCGCAUGGACAGAGCAAAGUACGGCCUCGAGAGAGGCAAGCACAUCCCCGCAGAGGUCAUGCACCGCUACUUCACCGACUACGCAGAGCACUUUGGCGUCCUGCAGCACAUCCGCUUCAACACCAGGGUCGAGUCGGCCGAGGCAGUCCCUGACAACAACAACGGAGGAGGAGGAGGAGGAGGAGGCUGGAUCAUCACCACCUCCUCACCGUCCACAGCCUCAACCACAUCCCGCAUCCAUGCCAAGCGACUCAUCGUGGCCACCGGCCUCACCUCCCAGCCCAACAUGCCCACCUUCCCCGGCGCCGAGUCCUUCACCCCGCCCCUCUUCCACGCCCGCGACUUCUGCAACCGGCGCGACAUCCUCGCCACCGCCCGCCACGCCGUCGUCGUCGGCGGCGCCAAGUCGGCCAUCGACGCGGCCUACGCCUUCGCCACCUCGGACGUCUGCACCGGCGGCGUCGACCUGCUGAUCCGCCCCUCGGGCAGAGGCCCCGUGUGGAUGAGCAACGUCUACGCGACCCCGCUCAAGCGCAAGGUCGAGUCCCUCGUGCUCACGCGCGCCCUGUCCUGGUUCAGCCCCUGCCCCUGGGGGGACGAGGACGGCUACUCGUGGGUGCGCCGCUUCCUCCAGGCCACCUUCCUCGGCAACUGGCUGGUCCGCCUGCUCUUCUUCGUCAUCGGCUCCGACGUCCAGCAGAGCUCCGGGCUCGGCCGGCACCCGGAGACGAAGAAGCUGAUGCCCUGGAACGGCGCGCUCUGGGUGGGCAGCGAGCUGGGCAUCUGGAACUACGACGAGGACUGCCUGGCGCUGGUGCGCGAGGGCAAGAUCAGGGUGCACCUGGCCGAGGUGGCGAGGCUGGAGGGCAACAAGGUGGUGCUGGACAAUGGCGUGCAGAUCGAGACGGACGUCGUCGUGUGCGCGACGGGCUGGAAGAAGACGUCGCUCCCGUUCCGGUUUGUCGGCUUCGAGCCCGGUCUCGCGCAGAAGGGCGAAGAGCGCGAGGCGCUCAUCAAAAAGGCGGACCAGCAGCUGUUGGCAAGGUUCCCGAUCCUCAGAGACCAGCCGAAGCUGCGGCCCGAGCAGAUCGCCCGGCGGGAGAAGGACGCAAAGCACGAGGCGGCCACGCGGGGCGAGGACGCUGCCAACGAGCCCCUCCGCAACUACCGCUUCAUUGUCCCCUCGCAGGGCGUCGCGGCGAGGAACAUUGCCUUUGCCGGCCUGAUCUCGCCCUUCUCGACGGCCAUCAGCUCCCAUCUCCAGGGGCUGUGGAUCACGGCCUUCUUUGACGGCAAGCUCCGACGCGCACCACCCACCGAUGAGAAGGCGGUCGUGGACGAGAUCAUGCUGCACACGCAGUUUGGCAAAUGGCGCCACCCGUGCAGCUACGGCCGCCAGGUUCCGGACAUGUCGUUCGACUCGGUGCCCUAUGCUGAUAUGUUGAUGAACGACCUCGGGCUCAAGGUGCGGCGCAAGAGCUCGGUGUUUCAAGAAUGGUUCCGGGCCUACAAGCCAUGGGAUUACGCUGGUGUCGUCGACGAGUAUCGAGCACUGCACGAGUGA